UUGUGUUCGUGAUAUAUUCGUAGAAUAGCGUUUAGUGUUCACCGGCAGUAGCUUUUGUACAGUGUUUUAAUAUAUAGUAUAUACAUAUAUACAUAUAUAUUUUUCUUAACCGGUUGUUAAAUUCACGAACGGAAGAAAUUGCGAUACGUCCAGUUUGACCAAUCACAAAGAAUCAUUGUAUUUUCGUUCCAACGAAUCGUUCCGAAUAUACCGGUACUACGACGUGUCGUUAACCUCUAGCACACAAGAAGACAAUUUUGAAAACGCCAAAAAUAUUGUACUGUGAUCUUUCCAAUUCGUCCUUGUCGAGGUAUCAAUAAUUCUUUUAGUGCACAAGUAGUCUUUUUAUAAUCUGGGCCCUUUAUUUGAAGACUCAAUGUUAACGAGAAGAGCACUUAGUCGAUCAUAAUCGCGUAUUAUACAAUAAGUGUUGCAAGUAACGGCGUUUGUGAUUGGAGGAUAGAAAUAUAGGAACAGAUAAGUGAAAAUGGGGUGCAAUACGAGCAAGGAAAGUGUCCAGCCGGUUGGAGAUGAAGCAAAGGAAGAUGGGAAAAACGGUGAUAUCACGAAAGGAGAGAGCAGUCCGGCGAAAGUAGAUUCGCAAGAAUCGUCGCAGAAAAGGCAAUCGGCGGCGGAUUCGAAGAAGGAGGCAGAGUCGAAGGGGGGAGAGAAGAAAGAGGAGGAGGAGAAGACGGAGAGGGAGAAGGCCGCGACGAGGAUACAAGCGGCGUUCCGCGGCCACCACGCCAGGAAGAGUAUGAAAGAUAUCGAAUCCUCGACGAAGCAGACGGGGACCAAAUCAAGCUCAGAGCCAACCAAAGAACAACUUCAGCAGGAGUUCCGCGCCGACGAUAAGGAGCUUUGCGAAGCGGCGACGAAAAUCCAGGCAUCUUUCCGCGGCCAUAUGUCGAGAAAGGAGCAAGCAGCUGCAGCCAUCGCGAAAUCGGCGGAGAAUGCCGUCGAGGAUGUUGUCUCUAAGAUGGAGGAGAAGGCGAAGGACGCCAUGAACGAGCUCGAGGGUAUCGAUCUCACGGAUCCCGAUCUGCACAAGGCGGCGACGAAAAUCCAAGCGAGCUUCCGGGGUCACAAGGUCCGCCAGGAGGUGUUAGGGAAUCCGGCGCAGACCGAGCAGACCAAGAAAUAAGAAGGAUGAGAUUUGGAGAUUGCUGAUUUUUUUUUUUUCGAAAUCGAAUCGUCGAUAGUAUGCCCGAUCAUGAAAUCAAAAAAGAAGAAGAAAAAGAAAAAAAAAAAGAAAAAAGAAUAAAAAAGAGAGACGACAAAAAAAAGAGAGAGAGUGAGAGAGAACGAAAAAAAAACAACACACACACGCAAAACACACACAAAAGAGGAAAGUAAAUCGAACGAUAGAAACAAUAUAGCAGGGAAUCGGGCCUCGGGUCUUUGCUUUUCCAUUUUCCUCGUCGAGUCCGCUUCGAGUACGAAUCGCAUGCGAAUCCUUUCGUUGAUCCCUCGAAAUUUUACGCCAUUUUUUAUCUUUCUCGUCGCGAUUUAUUUGAAUAUCGAGCUUACAAAUUCGCGUAAACUUUCGAAUAAUAUAACGAUAAUCAUCAUGGAACAAUUCUCGAUCCAAUAUCCGUAUACUCGCGUAUUCUUCGUCCUAUUUCGAAACUAAUAGUAUUAAAGAAAGAUAUGGAUAGUAUCUAUUCUGAAAAAAAAAAAAAUGAAACUUCGAAUUUAUAUCUUGAUAUAAUUCAUAUUACGGUACCAAUUCACGUUGAAGUGGCACAGUAUAUUUUAGAUUAGUGAUAUGCUUGUACAAUAACGUUUUUAAGAUCGUAUAUAUUGCGCGCAUCAUCAUCGUGCGAGCGUCGUUUUCAAUCACUAUCCUGUAUAUCGACGUUCUCGAAUAGAAGCGUUUCAUUCGAAAUAUCGUAUAUGGAACGAAUCUUCUUGAUAUUUCGCGAAAAAUAAAUUGGAAAAUUUAACGAGACAUAUAACAAGAUUACACUUAGUCGCUCGCCAUAAAACUCAACGAAUCAUUGAGAUGUUAUGUUGAAUCGAAUCGCGGUCAAGUAUGAAUUCGAAAAAAUGGUAUUGCUCGAAGAAGGUUGUCUCGAUACUUUUCAUCCAAAGGGAAGGAAAACGAGCCAGACGAAUUAAUUGGGUACGAAAGAUCUUUCAUGAAUUCGUAAAAAAGAAACGCGCGUUUCCUCGAGCAAGAAAGUUUUAAUCAGCCUCUAAAUGAACGAACGAUCGAUAAAUCCUCUCGUUCGUCGUUAAUUACGAGAAAUUAUCGCGGUGGUUGACAAUGCUCACCAAUUGAUUGUUCGUGAGCGUCGAUAUAUCGAAGUUGAAGAUUUCGAUGGAACGAAAAUAUCACGGAUGUGCCGCUGCGUUUCGCUCCUCCCUUGUAUAAUUUUAACCGUCGUCGAGACUCGACGAUUCGGUAUCGAAUGGAUUUCGCGCGAAGAUUCGCGAACGAGAAAAAAUUACAAGCAUCGAAUAAUUAAAAUUUCGAACGGAUAGUUCUCGGUAUGGAGAAGACAGAGUGUGCAGGAAUGUAAUUGUCAAUGAAGAAUUCGAAGAAAUGAUAGCAGUUGCAAUGUUUGAUAAUCAUUUUGAAAGUCGAUCGUAUUUCUUUCCUUUUCGGAGUAAUAUCGUUUAACAUCGAUAAGUUCGCGAUUGAAUUCGUCGUUUUUAUUGUAAUAUCGCUUAAUGUAAGUCCAAUUCAAAUAACAAUAACGAUAAUGCGUGCACGAUACGAUUGCAAAAUCAAUGGAGGAUCAAUUUGAUAAAAAAAAAAAAAAAAAGAAGGAAAUUAUAUUAAACCGGCAAGACGGCGCAUGUCUGAGGCAAACAACAUGUUUAAUCGAUAAACGUGUCGUCGAAGUUAUAUCGUUUUAACUUUUAAGAAUUAUUCCAUCCCGUCAUAUUGAUACUUCGAGUUAUUUUUCGACGACUGGAAGCAUAUAUUUUUUACGCGUUAGAUCGCACCGUAACGACACACGAUUAUGGAUACAUAUGUAAAAUGUAAGACGCGCAUUUAUACACACGUAUAUGCUUUCACAACCCCGUAGACGCAAAAUAUUCGACAUAAAAAGAACGGCUUUCGAACGGCCCGGUCGAACUGCCAUGUAACGGGUGCGCGUUUCGUUUAUCGUUAUCUAUUUUUAUCCAGUCCAUCUUCCUUCGAUUUUGUUCCCGUCGAAUUUACCGGUGGAAGAAAUACGCGUUGUUUUUAGCAGGCCUAAAAACGUUACCGCUGCUUUUUACGAUCGUUAAGAACACUCGCUCUUCUCCUUUAUUUCGCCCCCUCUUUCGCGCUGUUCUCUUCCUGAGGAGGAACUUCCUGAUUCUUUUUUAUCCUGGAAUGGAUUGACUGAUCGAUCGUUGAAAAAGGGCACAAAGAAAUUAAAGUUUGGAUGUAUUUGGUGAUAAUUUAUUCGAUGAAAGUUAUUUUUUUUAUUCCUUCGAUGGAGGAAAGGGAGAUACAUGUAUUGUAAUUAGACGCACCAUUCGAAAUAAUUAAAAGGCUAUGUGUUUAAACUGUUUGUUACCUGAUAUAUUUUAUAAAUUCCCUUGAAAUAAGGCAUAAGUAUCGAAAUAUCGAAGAAAUGCUACGUUUCCCCCUAUAUUUAAUAUUAAUGUUCGAUUUAUUUUUAUCAAACGAUUAGAAAUUUUUAAACUAUUUUGAACAGAACACCUGAUUAAUUAGCUACAAAAUAAACUUAUAGCGUUAUAAUAUUAUUAUUGUAUAUUAUACAUCGUUUCGUCUUAGGAAAGCACAACAUUCGCUGUGUCAAAAAAUUCGUAAAAUAUUUAAUUAUCGUGGAAAAUUUUUACUUUAGAAUAAUUCUAUUCAGAUAUUAUAUAUAUCGUAUUAUUUAAAUUAUACAAAUUUGACUAGCUAAUUUCUUUGUUUCAUAUCGAAUAUCCAAGAAUGAAAUGAAGAAAAUUCUUUUGCAAAACUAUAUAGAUUUCUUUAAAUAUAAUAUACUCUUGAUAUUAAAUGUGCAAAAAAUGUGUUAUAGUUUUAUCAGUCUCAUUAACGACCUAAUUGUUGAUAUUAAUUGCUGUUUAUUUCUUCUGUAAAUAAUUUCAAUGUGCAUCACCGAUUCCUGUUAUGCAUUGUCACGUACAGCAAUGUUUCUAUCGGACAUUACAAAUUAUUGCAAAAAAUGAUUGUAUGUACUUUCUACUCGUAUGAAAGACAAUUAUUAUGUGCACAUACAUGAUAUAUCUUUGGAAAUAUAUCACACAAAUUUUUGCACUUGUUUCUGAUAACUCUUAUAUUGAAAAUAUCUUUGUGAAAAAUUUAUCAAAAAGUUGUUAUAAUAAACAAAUUCUGAAAGCAAUUUCGAAUUAAAGUUAAAAGCGGUUCAGAAGAGCUUGAUUCUGUACAGUAUUCUCAUACUAAAAUACAUCAUUAUGAAGAAAAUUUGAAUAUUAUGCAAUAUAUCAUACAAUUAUUAUAUCAGUAAAAUGAUAUAUAUGAUUUAUGUUGAGAAGUGAAUCUCUUAAAUUUCUCUUUAUUACAAAUAAAUUUCAUCCAUCAUAUAUUUUUCAAUUAAAAUAAUAUGAAAUCAAUUUAUAAAUAGUAGAUAUUAAAGAACUUUUGCACUUGUCAUUGUGCAUAUAAAAGAUAUUUUUCAAUUUCUUACAAUUUCAUACAUUUUCACUUAUCUGUCAAUCUGACAAAUAAUGAAGAAAGAAAGUAUUGCUUGAAUCACGCUUUUCCAAUUUUUCGCGUGUAAUUAAACGUUUCUAAACAUCAUUCUCAUGCUCAGUUCCAAUUUUCUUGCAUUUUCACGUUACCUCAUAAGAUCGUUUGUAGAAAGCUAUUAAAAAUAUUGCUAUCGUUGAAAAUGUCUAUGAAACUCGACAUAUAAUAAAUGAAUCGAACAUCCAAAUAUGAUUUAUUUCUAAUCGUGAACAACCAAAGAGAAAAAAUAUUUGAUAAUGAUUGAAAGCCGAUUCACACUGCGACACGUCGAGUCUCGGCAAUACACGCUAAAAAACAUCUAUAUAGAGAAGGAUUUAAUAUAUUGAAUCUAUUUAUAAUAUAUAUAUUCCUGUUAUAAUAAUAUUUGUAUGCUACGAUAAGAGGCUCCUAUAUGAAUAUUAUUAUAAUUCACAUUCUAUACAUAUACAUAUAUUAAUACUAUUAAUUAUAUUAUAUUUAUAUUAUAUAUUAUAUGUGUAUAAUAAUAUUAAUAUAUUGUCAAAUAUAUAAAUAUUUAUGAUCAAUCAACGACAUGAUACGACAAUUGCAUUUUAAUAUUGCCGCCUAGUGGGGAUCGGCUUUAUAUUUUCGCAAAAGAAUUAUUUUUCUUUUGCAUAAGAACUUAUUUUUUAAUAUUUCAAUAAAUAUCACGAAUACUUUUAUAAAUCGAAAAUGAAUAGUGCAAAAUUGAAAUCGGGCAUUCUACAAUGUUGUGUAUUCAAAUAAAAAAAUUAUAUAUUUCCAAGGCAAUUAUCCUUGGAAACAAAUACUUACUUGGAAAAAGUAAAUGACGGAUAAUUUUAUUUGCUCUAAGCAAAAUUGUUGUGUAAAAGGAUUCGUACUAUCGAAGAACCGAUUUAAAAUAUUUAAAUAUUUUGAAGCUUUUGUAGUUGCUGAAAGUGUCUAUCGAUGCGUAUGGUUAGCGAUUACGAGGUUAAGAGUUAAUGGCGAAGAUUGUUGUAAUAAAUUAUAGGCAUUUUCUUCGGUAUGUGACGUUACCACACAAAUAUAGAUUAGUAACGCACAAAAUGUUACAGUAAAUUGUAUUCUAAGGAUGUAACAAAUAAUUGUAACGUUUAAACGAGCAGUAACCGUAUAUGUAACCUGUUUGUUUAAAAUAAAUACCCAUUAAGUGUACAAAUAACAAUUCCGACCUAUACUGUGAAGAAUUAAUAGAAAUACACCUCUAAUUAAAAUAA